AUGGAGUACUCCGACUCCGAGCGCGACGAUAUCAUCCUGAAUGGCUAUAACGUCGUCACUCGCGAACGAACCGGUACCACCCUGCCUAAGGCCUGCGAGACUUGUUUCAAAACUACUGCUGGAACGGCACCGUCGAUAGUCGGGGCCGAAGAAUUACGAACCGGGUUGCAGAUGGAGGAGGCUGCGUCUUCUGCUACCCGCGGGCAUCUGAAUCGGUAUUCUGCGCUGAUUGCUGUCUCGGUCGCGUUCUUGAUGACCAUAUAG